AUGAAAAGUUUACUUCGACCUAUAUUAAAAAAUAAUUCUCCUUCGAUAAAUUCAUUAUUAUUAUACAAAAACAAUAUAAUAAAUCGUCAGUUAUUGAGAAGCGUUACUUUUUUAAACGAUGCCGGUAAAGUGUCGAAUGACGGUCAUUUUUCAAUAAAAGAAUCACAAAUAGUACAAAAAUUAGAUGAAAAAUCAAUUAAAUACACAUCCGGUCACGCUUGUUUUCGCAUUGAAGGUUGUGUAUAUUGUGACAAAUGUAAAAAUAAUGAGGAAAAUGGUAAAAUCAACGGUGGAAUAUACAUAAACAAAACGACUGGUUAUUUUCUAUGCAAUAUAUGUCAUUCGAACGGUGAUUGGAAUGAUUUUUGUGAUAAUAUGUUAUCAAAUGAUUAUUCUCAAUCAAAUUCAAAACCCAAAGAGUGGAAUAAAAUUUAUGACAAAUCAAUACCAAUAACGGAUUUAAACGAUGAUAAUUAUUCAAACGUUUUUAAAAAUUUUAAAUUUAACAAAAGUCCCAAACACAUGUUGAAAAAAUUACAGAUUAGAAUAUCGAAAUGUAAAAAUUACAUGUACAUACCUUUUUUCACAUUCGACAACACAAUCGCAGGAUAUAAAAUUAUCGGAAUUGAUGGUAAAUUGAGCAUGUAUCCCAGUACCAAUUGUCCAGGAGUUUUAAAAUCACACAAUUCUGAAAAAUCAGCCAUUGUUGUUGCUGAGGAAAAAGAUUUUUUCGCAUUGUUACCAUUGAAUUUAAAAUCAGAGAUAAUAUGUCUUCCAUACGGUUAUUCGUACCUACCGCAGAGUUCGCUUCCUGUUUUCGAAAAGUAUGAAAACAUUAUACUGUGGUUGGGAGAUGCUAAAGCGAUUGAUGCAAGCAGUAGUUUUGCUAAAAAAUUAGGUGAAAAAAGAUGUUUCAUUGUCAAACCGAUAGAUAAACAAAUUUCAGCAUCGAGUGUUGUUUCAAAAGGUGGACAAAUAUUACCCAUAUUGAAAAAUGCAAAAUCAGCAUGGCAUGAAUCAAUAAUAUCUUUCUGCGAUUUGAGAGAAGAAAUCUUAUCUGAAAUACAAAACGUGGAUCAAUUUUCCGGCAUUAAAUGGAACAGAUUUCCAACGUUGAAUAAAAUAUUGAAGGGACACAGGAGAGGAGAGUUAACUGUUCUCACAGGUCCGACUGGUUCAGGUAAAACAACAUUCAUAAGCGAAUAUUCAUUAGAUUUAGCCAUACAAGGUGUCAACACUCUUUGGGGUAGUUUUGAAAUAAAAAACGUUAGACUUGCUAAAAAAAUGCUACAGCAAUAUUCUAGAAUACCGUUAGAAGAAAACGUUGAUAAAUUUAAUUAUUGGGCUGAUAAAUUUGAAACGUUACCAAUAUAUUUCAUGACAUUUCACGGUCAGCAAUCUCUACGUGCCGUCAUGGAUGCCGUAGAACAUUGUUCUUACGUUCACGAUAUAGCACACGUCGUUAUAGAUAACGUUCAAUUCAUGAUAGACGUUUCCGGUGAUUCUGGAAGCAUAGAUAGAUUUUGGAAACAAGAUGUCCUCAUACAAUCGUUUAGAAGUUUCGCAUCCAAAUUCAAUUGUCACGUGACACUCGUCAUGCAUCCUAAAAAAGGAAUGGAUGGUAUUAAUUUAAGUAUAAAUUCUAUAUUCGGAGGUGCGAAAGCAGCACAGGAAGCCGAUAACGUUAUGAUAAUACAAAAUUACGACACGGAUUCAUUCGUUAAAAAAAAAUACUUACAGAUAAGCAAAAAUCGUUUUUCCGGAGAUUUGGGACGAAUGUCGUUACAUUUUAAUAAAUCCUCGUUUGAAUACGAUCCGACCGACAUUUAUAAAGAAAAUUUAAACAAUGGCGACGAUUGUUUAUUGAAUGUGAAAAAUAACGGAAACGACGGAUGCGAUUACGAUCGCGAUGAAGAUGAUAAUGUUGAUGUUGAUGUUGAUCGUAACGGAAAUGAUGAUUGUGACGUAGUUGAUGACGUAGUUGACGACGCGAGAGAUUACAUAGUACGAGAUAAUAAUAAUAAACGUAGAAUUAAUGGCAGCAUUCAUCAUUGGAAUAAAAUAAUGCAAAAUUGA